AUGGGUAAGGGUCGUAGAUUUUGUACUGCCAGGAAGCUGCAUAGCCGACGAGAUCAGAAGUGGCAUGAUAAACCGUACAAGAAAGCCCCUUUGGGCACAGCCCUGGGCGCCAGCCCUUUUGGAGGCGCUUCCCAUGCAAAGGGAAUUGCGCUGAGAAAAGCAGGGGUUGAAGCCAAGCAGCCACAUUCUGCCAUCAGGAAAUGUGUCAGGAUCCAGCUGAUCAAGAAUGGCAAGGGCGCCUGGGUGGCUCAUGAAGAAACAAACAUGGAGCAGCUGAGAGGCCUGACCCCGGCUUGA